AUAAUUCUAUUUUUUCAAAUUAAAAAGAUAAUUAGCCAAUUGAGAGAGGGGUGGUUUAGCUCCAAUUAACUUGAUUAAUGCGGAAACCAAAGAAGUGAGCAUCACAGGGAAAGACAGAGAGGAAGACGGGACGACAAUGGGUUCAGAGGCAGGAGCAUCUAAACCAGUGAUCAAAGUCGCCGCUAUUUGUGGGUCUCUCCGUAAAGGGUCCUUCAAUAGAGGCCUUAUUCGGUCCGCGAUUCAGAUAAGCAAGGAGUCUAUCAAUGGGAUGCAGAUAGAGUAUGUAGACAUAUCGCCGCUGCCAAUGCUCAACACGGAUCUUGAAGUGGACGGCAAGUAUCCAGCCGCCGUGGAAGCUUUCCGUCAGAAAAUUCUGGAAGCUGAUGCUUUCCUUUUUGCUUCCCCCGAAUAUAAUUACUCUGUUACUGGACCUUUGAAGAAUGCGAUUGACUGGGCUUCUAGAUCACCAAAUGUUUGGGCUGAUAAAGCUGCUGCCAUUGUAAGUGCUGCUGGAAGUUUGGGUGGCGCCCGAGCACAGUAUCAUCUUCGACAAAUUGGGGUGUAUCUUGAUCUCCAUUUCAUCAAUAAGCCCGAGUUUUUCUUGAAUGCCUUCGAGUCCCCUGCAAAAUUUGACACUGAUGGCAACUUGAUUGAUUCAGCAUCCAGGGACAGAUUAAAGGCUCUUCUUUUAGCCUUGCAAGCAUUUACUUUGCGACUUCAAGGUUGCAGCUUGCAUCUUCCAACAAUGUCAGAGUCCUUAAUUCAAAGCUGUGGAGGAACUGAGGAAGAAGGGCCUGUUGUUAAAGCACACACCAAAGAGAACGCUGGAGAAGGAUUCCAUGCCUGGGCCAAUUUCAGACUAGGAACAACCUCUGAAUCUGCUGAUUGGUAUAAUUUCAAAAGAUUCAACCAGGGAAGGAGGGCUGUGAAGCAGCUUGAAGACAGAUAUUGGAAGUUAAGGGAAAGGGAAAGGGUGUACAAAUUAUCAUUGGUUGGAACCUGGGUGCUUGUCAUUGUGUUAAUGUUGUUCUUUUGGGUGAUGAAUGAUGGGAAUGUUUGUUGUAGGAGAAAUUUCUAUUACCACAGCUCAAUCUAGCGGGGUUGUAGUUGAACUGUCCUGGGCUGUUGUAGUUGAACUGUUUUGGUGUUUGUCUUUGUGGGCUGCAGUGUUUAGUACUUAUAUAUGGUAAAAUAAAGCUGUGUUAAGGUACUUAAGUACUGAUAUCUGGUCAGUAAAAGAUGGUUCAAUUU